AUUUAAUAAGCUUUACGAACCGCACGAAAGACAACGAAACACUUACUAUAGAUGACUCGAUGUACAUCUUGUCGGAGACAAAAUAUCCACAGUUCACCAACUUCGAUUCCAAUGGUUUCUUUGGCUGUUGCUCCACGUACGAUGACCAGAAGGACGAUGAACUCACUGGGCAUAUUUCAGGCGCCUGCUUCAAAGUCAAGCAUAUCUGCGGGACUGCUGGUUCAAGGAAACAUCCCUAUUUAUGGCUCCAGUUCAGCGCUUCAAUCUAUUGGAGCCUCUCGGAAGGAGUCAAUCUUGUCAUCUGCGUGAACGCACCUGAGAAGAUGCAAAAUCAGUUGAAGACACUGGCACGCGCUUGGGAUAAAAACAAAACUGAUCCUUUCACCUGGUACGUAGUAAUGGCGUAUGAGAUUGCAAAGGAGUACGAUGCGUCGGUGCAGGCUCUCCGAAAUGUGGUUCGGCAUGUUGAACUGGAGCGGCUCACACCGCAAUACGUCGAAAGCGACUUUCAUUCCCUCCACGAUAUUGAAAGGCACGCAAUCCAUUCGAACGAAACCUUGGAUGUGGCAGUAGACAGUUUGGAGAGUAUGAUCGAGCAGCACAGUCAUCUCCAACGAGACUGUUGUAUGCCUACAGGUGUGGAUCACGGUAAGGCAAUGGUUUUCAAGAAAACGCACGUGAAGCUCGGAUUGGUGUUGAAGAAGCUUCGUGCCAUCCGUGCACGCUCCAAGACCAUUGAAGAGAGACUGAAGAACGAAAUCAGCCUUGCUUUCAAUCUCGUAUCUCAGCGAGACAGUCAGAGUGCUGUUGCACUUGCGGAAGAUGCAAAGAGCGAUAGUUCGGCCAUGCGGAUCAUCGCAGUGGUCUCGGCAAUUUUCCUUCCCGGAACCUUUGUCUCGUCGCUCUUCGGUAUGAACUUUUUCGCCCUAUCGAACACAGCACAGUCCCGACUGAUAAUGUCUGACGAUUUUUGGCUGUACUGGGUGGUCACGAUACCAGUGACUUCCAUGACUUGCCUAGCAUGGGGAAUAUGGUGCUACUGGCCGACAUUGUCCAAGGAAAAGAGCCGGUCCGGUGAGAAAGAUCCCGUGUAAAGCAUGGUACCCGAGAAUUAACAGCGAGAAUACGUCUGUCACCGAAGCCGUUCAAAUUGUACAGUAGGAUGAGCGUA